AUGGAUCGCAAGAGCAGGAAUAAGAUUGCAAUCAUAUACACUGUUGUCAUGGGACUCAUCAUAUUGGCCAUUGCUGCCGCACUUGGAAUCUACUACGGCAACAACAAAUCAAAGUACAAUAAAUUCAAAGAAGAAAAAGCAGCAAAGCCUCCUAAGAAAAUCAAGUACAAAUAUUUCAUACCAGAAGAUGAAAUAGAGAGAACAAACAUGCUCUUCAACUUGAGAGAACUGAAACUGGAAGAGUUGGCUGACAAGUUGCAGCAGCUCGAUCCAAACGAGUAUCUGAAAAAGAACUUUGAUAAAAUCUCAAAGGAGGCUAGAGAAGUAGUCAAGACCAAGUUGAAGAACAACGAGAUCCACCUGACUGGAAUGGUCCUCUUCAACAUCCAACUGAUCUACUUCCAUCUCCACGGCUACAACCUGCUUGAAACAGGCUUCUCCUACGACGAUUACGCCAAUAAGGGGAAAUUGGACGUCCUAAGCAGGGAUCCAGCACUUUGGUACAUUUUCCCGUUGGACGAGAAUUCGACGCUACAGCCUGAAAAACUCAUCAUGGAGUUCACGUACAACAUGCUGUGCAAGGAAACGACGAUUCUGGUCGACCACGCCGUCCCAAUCUGCAGUGAAUUCGAAAAAGGGCUGUCACGCCUGACUGCAGAUCCAGAAGUAGGCGAUGAUUGGUACAACCACAAAGAAUACGUCUACAACAUGUUCAAGAUCAUACGAGUAGAGAAGUUCUUCAGGAAAUUCGAGAAAGGGAAUACACAUCUGAACAAAUACAGGACCUAUUUGACAACACACCAGGAGAGGGUGUUGACAAAUAAUGUCUAUUAUAAACAGAAAGACAAAAUUGCGGCUACAAAAAGCUUGGUUAAAUAA